CCAGCUGGCAUGGACCUAGGCGGCCGUCUUACGCCGCGCCAGGCGCGCCAGCGCCAUGACGACUGGGCCGACGGCUUCCCGGCCGAGGUUCUGGCAUGGCAAGCGGCCGGUUACCCGGGUACGAUGCAAAACAAGAAGAUGUGCCACAUCUUGUACGACCUCGUCGAGGCAGCAAGAAACCACGUCAAUCGUUUCGCGAACCGCCGCGCCGACGGCACGUCCGCGCCGCUGGCGUGGACGUCGACGACGCUGGCCGGGCACAAGCAGCCCGGCCAGGCGUUUGACGUGGUCAUCGGAUGGCUCGUCGCGCAGGACUGGAAAUGCGCGUAUUCCCAAAUGCGCAUCGCGCACCUCGGAGAAAUCACCCUCGACCGCGGCGACCAGCUUGCUGGUCCUCAAAGCCUGGGCUACGUCGACGGCAACGUCCACGUCGUCUUCGGCUGCUUCCAGCACUGGCAAGGCAACACCACUUAUGCGAACAGCGAUUCAUGCACCGUCAACUUCGACUUCGUCUUCGACGUGGCCAAGACGCAGCAGGCGCGCUGCGCGCUCAGCGGCAUUCCCCUCAAGGCCGAAUCCCUGCCGCCCUUGGACUCGUCGACGCAGACCUACCCGCGGAAGGUCUCCCCUGAACGCCCCGACGACAACGACCGGGGCUACCACGAGCACAACUUUUACCUCGUCCUCGCGUGUUUCAACGCCCACCUCGUCUUCGGCUGGGGCAAGUGGACGAAGUUUAUGAUCGAUGUGCUGUGGUUCGAAUACGGCGUGCCGCCGCCCGUGGAGCUCCACUCGAAUUCCAUCCCGUUCGCGGCGACGAAGGCGGACAUCGUCGCCCCCCACAAGAACUUCGUCGAGAUGCACGCCAAGGGGACGGGCGUCUUCGGGCCCAAGGGGGUCUUCACGCUGCGGGCGGCCGCCGCCGACGCGGCCCGCGCCGCCGACGCGGCCCACGCCGCCGCCGCGGCCCGCGCCGCCGCCGCGAGCGGCGCCGACGCGGCCUACGCGGCCACCGACACCGACAUGCCCGACGCGCCGGCGGGCCUCGCGAACAUCGUCGACGUGUCGGCCCCCGCGCCCGCGGCGGCGUCGGCGGCGACGAUGCCGGCCCCCGCGCCCGCGGCGGCGUCGGCGGCGGCGACGACGACGGCGGCCUCCCAGCGCGACGGCGACAUCCGCGACUUCUUCUUCAAGUCCAAACCCAAGAAGUCGAGCCGGCGCGAGCCGUCGUCGCCGUCCAAGCGCCCGGCGCAGCGCCCGCGCAGCGAGUCGACGGAGACCGCCGGCGAGUCGCCGUCGCCGCCCGCCGAGUCGGCGGAGCAGCUCGCGGAACGCCGCGCGGCGGCCGCGGGCGCUACGGCCGCGGCCGAGGGCGCCGUCGACGACCUCCAGCAGCGCAUCGAUCGUCUCCGCCUGGAACUCGUCGAGGCGCAGAAGACGCUCAAAUCCAAGCGAGAAUACGAGGCGAGCCUCGGCUGAAGCCGCCCAUGCAAGCAUAGCCGCUGUGAUCGGGGAAAUUCCACAGCAGCUUUGUCAAUGAACUCGUCUUCUUCCCAGCAGAACUGUGAAAUGUUUACUCCGGGAGGCUAUCCGAGAGGAUUCCCCAGAGGAUUUCCAACCCUGCGAAAUGCCCGCAGACGUCCCUCAGACGACUGUGAUGAGAUUGCAUCCCCUCCCCCAUGACAUGUGAUCGCCAAUUUUAAUGACUUUCUUCGGU